AUGGCUGCGACGGUGAACGAAUCUGAAACCCUUUCGGAGGGAACCGCGCACAGCGCAGAGCAAGACAGUGCCACCUGGAAGACGUAUGUGGAAAGGAAAAGGAUUGUUAUGCAGUUCCUGCGCUACCACCUGAGCCUCCAGAACCUCCAGCACCACUGGAACAAAGUUGAGCUUCUGAAGAAGUGCUGCUUUUACUUGAAGGUUGAGCCCAAACACGUGAACGUGAGAGACCAGAACCAUGUGAUGCAUCGCACUGACAUCUUCCAACUAAUAGACUCCUGGAAAUUCCUGAAGCUGAAGAGGUUGGGGAAAAACCAGACUGAAAUCCAUCUGACACUUUCAACGGAGCUGUUAGAACAGCUGGAACAGGGUCGGGAGGAGCUGAGCUUUUAUGUAAAGAACUGUGACAUGAUAACUUUCCUCUCCCACUGGGACGUGAUUAUACAGAGACUUUCCAUGCUCUCCGAGUACAUGGAAACUCUCCUUUCCUUGGAAGUGCCAGGAAAGCUCUUUGUCAAGCACGAUUUGGUGUCACACACAGACCUAAGAGGUGCUAGACUCCCCAACAUUAAGCUUUCUCUCUAUACAAAGAUGCCACUGAUUUUCGAUCGAAAAGAAUCGUUUGCCCACAAGUACUGGGCCAACCUCAAGUGGUUUAGCAAAAGCCAAGAGUCACACCUCGAACUGUAUGAGCUGCACUUGAAGUUACUGACAAACGAGAGUCAGGCAGAGAUGGGAUACCGCAGGACUCAGCACGUCACCUCCAACACGUGUGUCGUCCGGGCCCUGCAGCCUGGCUGUUCCUACAAAUUCACAAUUAGAAGAUUGACCACUCCCACCCUCGUCCUUGAAAACUGGCACGACAGCAUUAUACUGAAGACAAAAUCUAAUACUGUUGAAGACGCGUAG